AUGGACCCUCCUGCCCCCACUGCUGUCACCCCUGACCUGGCCCUGGCCUCAGCUCCAGCCCUAGCACAGGGCUCCCUGGCACUGCCCUACCUGGGAAACCCAUCGCCCCUUCUCUCCUCUGGACAAGAAGUAAAUAAACAUGAACGAGGAGCUUGUCUCUGGAGGCCCUGGCUGUCCUCUACAAAUCACCUCCCCAGGCAGGUGAGGAAACAUGUGGAUUUGGCCGCCAGUGGGACAACAGGUGCCAAGGUCACCAAGGUUGACUUUGAGUUCCAUCACCCAGUCAGACUCUUCUGGCCUAAAUCCUGCUCCUUUGACUACCUGUACAGUGAUGGGGAGAUUUUACUGCAGAACUUCCCUGUUCAGGCAACCAUAAACCUCUAUGAGGACUCAACCAGUGAGGAGGAGGAGGAAGUGGAGGACAGAGAAGAGGAGAAGAAAGAGGAAGCAGAUGGAAAGGGGCCAGAAGGGUGUGUGAAGGUACCAGGGUCAGCACCAUACAGAGCCAGAGCUCAUUCUCCCUCCCUGCCCCUGAUCUGUCCCAACUGA